AGCAUCUGUUCUCAACUCGACAGAUUCUGUUUUUGAGAGGUGAUGUGCAGUCCACGCCCCUGGAGCUGACAGCAGCUCCAUGCCCGCUCCGUGUGGCCGCGGCCGGGGAUACAGGAAGGCAGGCGGACAGAGAAGGAGGGGGCCGGCGCACAUCAUGAUCCCAAAGAUCCCCGCUUGAGAGACAACCGCUCGGAUCCUGAAGUCUGGAUCUCACCGAAGAGAAGGCAUCAUGAUUCCUAUGAUGGAAUUCCGACAGUUCUCUGAACAGCAGCCAGCGUUCAGAGUCCUGAAGCCAUGGUGGGAUGUGUUCACUGACUACCUGUCUGUUAUCAUGCUCAUGAUUGGUGUGUUUGGAUGCACCCUUCAGGUAAUGCAAGACAAAAUCAUAUGCCUUCCUCAGAGAAUAACGUCGCCAUCGGAUAACACAAGUGUGGAACUGAAGUCACUGGUACACCUGCAAUCCAACAUUUCAGCUGUACCCAGAGAAAUGAGAGGCCUGAAAACUGAUCUGGAUCUUCAGCAAUACAGUUUCAUCAAUCAGAUGUGUUAUGAGAAGGCUCUUCACUGGUAUGCCAAGUAUUUUCCCUAUUUGGUUCUCAUACACACUGUUGUGUUCAUGGUGUGUAGUAACUUCUGGUUCAAAUUCCCUGGCUCGAGCUCAAAAAUAGAGCAUUUCAUCUCCAUGCUUGGCAAGUGCUUUGAUUCUCCGUGGACCACGCGAGCUUUGUCUGAGGUGUCCGGAGAAAAUCCUGAAGAGAAGGACACUAAAAAGACCAGUACUUCUAGGUCCACCAUCACUGUGUCUCCUGGAGAAGAAGGUUCGGAAAAGACACAGUCCCUCCGGUCUAUCCCAGAAAAGAUUGUUGUUGAAAAGCCAUCUGCAAGUGUUCUUGAUAAAAAAGAGGGUGAACAAGCUAAGGCUCUUUUUGAAAAGGUAAAGAAAUUCCGUUUGCACGUGGAAGAGGGAGACAUUCUCUAUGUUAUGUAUGUUCGUCAGACAGUGGUCAAGGUGUUCAAAUUCCUCUUAAUCAUUGCCUAUAACAGUUCUCUGGUGAAUAAAGUGCGGAACAGAGUACGUUGUGAAGUUGAGAUCCAGGACAUGACAGGCUACAAAGAGUUUGAAUGUAAUCACACUAUGGCUCAUCUGUUUUCUAAGCUUUCCUACUGUUACCUGUGUUUAGUGGCUGUCUAUGGAUUAACAAGCCUUUACACCUCCUACUGGCUGUUUUACCGCUCACUGAAGGAAUACUCCUUUGAAUAUGUGCGACAGGAAACAGGCAUCAAUGACAUCCCGGAUGUGAAGAACGACUUUGCUUUCAUGCUCCAUAUGAUUGAUCAGUAUGACCCACUGUACUCUAAAAGAUUUGCAGUUUUUUUAUCUGAGGUCAGUGAGAACAAAUUGAAACAGCUCAACCUCAACCAUGAAUGGACUGCAGAGAAACUGCGUCAGAGACUCCAGACUAAUGCCAACAACAGACUGGAACUUCAGCUGUUCAUGCUCCCUGGGUUACCUGACACUGUCUUUGAGUUGACAGAGCUGCAGUCACUCAAGCUUGAGAUCAUCAACAAUGUCACCGUACCUGCCUCGAUCUCUCAGCUGGAAGACCUACAGGAGCUGUCUCUUUACCAAUGCUCUUUAAAGUUGCACACAACAGCUACCUCCUUCCUCAAAGAAAACCUGAAAGUGCUUCGUGUGAAGUUCGAUGAUAACAGGGAACUUCCACACUGGAUGUAUUGCCUGCGCAACUUAGAGGAGCUCUUUCUUACUGGAUCACUCAGCCCCGAUGCCUCGAAGAAUAUAGUUCUUGAGUCGCUGCGGGAGAUGAAGGGUUUGAAAACUCUUUCCCUUAAAAGUAAUUUGACCAAGAUUCCUCAGUCCAUAGUGGAUGUUUCCAGCCAUCUGCAGCGACUGUACUUACACAAUGAUGGCACAAAGCUGGUAAUGCUCAACAACCUGAAAAAGAUGACCAAUCUGAUCGAGCUGGAGCUAGUCCGUUGUGAUCUGGAACGCAUCCCACACGCAGUCUUCAGCCUCACCAUUCUGCAAGAGCUCGAUCUGAAAGAGAAUAACAUCCGCUCCAUAGAGGAGAUUAUCAGUUUCCAGCAUCUGAGGAAACUCACUUGCCUUAAACUUUGGUACAACGGCAUCAUGUACAUCCCUGAGCAUAUCAAAAAGCUCGGCAGCCUAGAGCGCCUCUACUUCAGCUACAACAAGAUCGAGAUAUUGCCUUCGCACUUGUUCUUGUGCAACAAGCUGCGGCACCUGGACCUGUCCAACAACGACAUCCGAUUCAUCCCUCCAGAAAUUGGAGUCCUUCAGAGUCUACAGUAUUUCUCAGUCACAUAUAACAAAAUCGAAAAUCUACCAGAUGAGCUCUUCUUUUGCAAAAAGCUAAAAACUCUAAAGCUAGGAAAGAACUCGCUGUCUAUACUUUCACCCAAAAUUUCCUACCUAGCACUACUGACAUGUCUGGAUCUCAAAGGCAACCACUUUGAGUACCUGCCACAAGAGCUUGGUUACUGUCGUGCUUUGAAGCGCAGUGGCCUAAUAGUGGAAGAGGCAGUGUUUGAAACUCUGCCUUCAGAUAUCAGGGACCAAAUGAAGGCUGAGUGAGAUGCCUUAUUGUAGCCACAGUGCCUGCUGUUGGGUCUGUCAACCAACUCAGAACCCUUCUUUUGUAUUAACUCAUAACUAUACUCAAGUGAACUAUACUAAAGU